AUGGGGCGCCUCCUCCUCUCAUUGCUCCCACUGGCGCUUGCCUCCACCCCACAAUUCCCCAAUCUCAUCGUCCCUGAAGUCAGUCAUACCUUCUACGGCUACCCGGACAAUGACCCUCCAGGUCCGGCCAUCUCCUACGACUGCGGCCGUGGCCUGACCGCGGCUGGCACCGGCACCUACGCCGAUCCGUUGACCUUCGCCUCCGCUCCAGACGAGUUUGACUACUGCGAGAUCAUCUACGACCCCUACCUACGCAAGUACCUUCGCCACGAAGACUACUGUGUCCAGUGUGUUACAGACUGGGGAAAUAAGUCGUACCACAUCGAUGUCUGGACGGGUAGCAACUGGCUCAGUGGCGACGAUGAUCAGAUCGCCUGCGAGAAGAGCUUGACGCCUCAGGCCCAGUCGCAGAGUGUGAUGCGGUAUCCUAGUUCAAACCUGACGGUUGAUGUCACACCUCUCUACACCGUGUCUGUAGACGAGUCCUGCGAGGUGAUUGCUUUGUGCAAUGUGGAUCAUGUUUAUCCGGACUACAACCUAGACAACUAG